AUGCUUAUUCUUUGCUUAUUGACAAGUUACUUCAUCGGUAUUGCACCUGUCGACCUUUCAUGUCUUUUCUCUUUCAUUUUCCUCUUCUUUCUCUUUCAUUUUCCUCUUCUUUCUCUUUCAUUUCUCAAUUCCACAUCCUUCUCUUUCAUUUCCCUUUAUUCUUUCCUUUACUUUUACUUCUCAUUUCCACUUCCUUCUCUCUCAUUUUCCUUCUUUCUUUCUUUCAUUUUCAUUUUUAAUUUCCCCUUCCAUCUGUUUCAUUUCCUCUUCUUUCUCUACCAUUUCUCAUUUCCCCUUCGUUCUCAUUCAUUUUCCUUCUUUCCUUCCUUCACUUUCAUUUUUCAUUUCCUCACCCUUCUCUUUCAUUUUCCUUCUUUCUUUCCUUCACUUUCAUUUCCCCUUCAUUCUCUCUCAUUUCCUCUUCUUUCUCUCUCAUCUCUCAUUUCCACUUCCUUCUCUUUCAUUUUCCUUCAUUCCUUCCUUCAAUUUUACUUCACACUUUCAAUUCAUUGUCUUUCCUUUUCCUUCCUUCACUUUCAUUUUUCAUUCCCUCACCCUUCUCUUUCAUUUUCCUUCUUUCUUUCCUUCACUUUCAUUUCCCCUUCAUUCUCUCUCAUUUCCUCUUCUUUCUCUCUCAUCUCUCAUUUCCACUUCCUUCGCUUUCAUUUUCCUUCAUUCCUUCCUUCAAUUUUACUUCACACUUUCAAUUCAUUGUCUUUCCUUUUCCUUCCUUCACUUUCAUUUUUCAUUCCCUCACCCUUCUCUUUCAUUUUCCUUCUUUCUUUCAUUCACUUUCAUUUCCUCUUCUUUCUCUUUCAUUUCUCAUUUCUCAUUUCCCCUUCCUUCUCAUUCAUCUUCCUUCUUUCAUUUUCAUUUCUCAUUUCCCUUUUCUUCUUUUAUUUCAUCUUCUUUAUCUUUCAUUUAUUAUUUUUCCUUUUUUAUCUUUCAUUUCACCUACUUCUCUUUCAGUUCUCAUCUUUCCUUCCUUCGCCUUCAUUUUUCAUUCUAGUCCUUUUUCUCCUUCAUUCCACAUUCUUUCACUGCUUGCCUUUCAUUUUCAAUCUUUUCUCCCUUCUCAGUCUUUACUCCUUUUCUCUUCUUUUUCUCACUCUUUUCGUCUUUCUCUUUCUUUAUCUCCUUCUCUUUCCUUCAAUACUCUUUUCUUACUUUUUAUUUUAUUUCUUUCGUUUUCUCUACUUCUUUGUCAUUUCUUCUUUCCUUCUCUUUUAUUUCACAUUCUUCCCCACCGUUUUUUUUUUUAUUUAUUAUUCUUUCUCUCAUUCCUAA